CUUGCUCAUGGGGACCCAAAGUCACAACGACAAAUGCAAGAACAAAAAAUGUUCAGGAAAAUGCAAGAGGAACAGGAGGAAGAUUUGAGCAGCAGCAGUGACCUCACAGUUUCUGUAAGUGAGGAUGAUCUGAUUUUAAGGAGUCCAGAACCACAGCCAAAACCGGCUGACAAGAUAGAAGGAGAAGAUGGAAUGCAGGCCUUAAAAUUAAUCCACACUGAGCAAGAAAGAGAUGCCCUAUCCACUGACAAAAAUAAUUAUAUUUUGCAAACUCUAAGCUCUCCUGAUUCAAAAAAGGAAUCCUCUACUAACUCACCAACAAGAGAAUUUGAACAAUCACCAGACUCAGGCUUACUGAAGGCACGACUGGGUCAGCAUGUUGCUGCCUUGAAAGAACAUGAUACUUCUCUCAAAGAAGAGGCAAUAGGGUUAUUGAAAAAAGCCCUUACAGAAGAGUGCGAAGACAAUAGGUUGGCUAUUCACAGUAAUGAAUCAUCCUGCAGCUUGCUAUCUAUUCGGAAUGACAGUAGUGGAAUAAAGGAAGCUAAACCCGCUCUGUGGCUCAACAGUGUUCGUGCAAGGAAACAAGAAACAAAAGCCUACCAGUUUCUGAAGAAGUCUAUCCUUCAGGAUAAUACAAAUCAAAUUGAAGACAGAUUUCAGAAGGCAGAUGCUUCUGUGUCACAAUUCUCAGGUUUGAAUAUUGGCAGCAGUGCAUUCAAGACAAAGACAACUAACAAAAUCGCUCUGGAAGCUAGUUUUUCAUCUAGCAAAGGAACUCCUUUGUCAAGGCAUGAAAACAAAAAGAAACCAAUGACAAGUUUAAAGUCUAAUGCCUUCUGGGGUGAGUCUGAUGACAGUAACUCAGAAAUUGAAGCUGCUUUACGUCCUAGAAAUACAUCCAUCGAUGAUUUUGAUGAUUUUGAUGAUUAAUAAGCUGUAACAUCUGUUGGAAAUAAAAUCUUUGAAUAAACUGAAA